GAACUCCUAACGGAGGUUUGCAUUUCCCUUUUUAGGGGAAAGUAUUACAGCCUCUGCUUGUCUGCAUUUCUUUGAAACAUAUAGUGCCAGGGCCACAGUGAAUCCUGUAAAAUGUUUCUACCUUUCUUCUCCCAUCUGUCACUGCUAAUUGACAGGUUUAUCCAGUUGACUGAGCCAGCCUUCUCGAGACUGCCUCUGGGAGAAUGAAUAUUGUGCCUUGUGUGCCGGAGCAACAUCCCCAGCAGGGUUGAGUUGGAGGAUGGAGGCUGGAGAGAAAGAGCAGUGUCUGAGAGAAGCAAAGUGGGAGCAUCGGAAGUCCCCUUGGCCGUGUUGAUCAUAACUGGGAAACAGUGUCUUUCAGCCUUUACCGAUUAUUUAGUAGACCCUAUCUGUGUCUCUGAGAGUGUAUCUGUGCCUGGAGUUGGAGUGAAGAUCUCUGGAGACCUUCAGUGCUCUUAUUCUCUUUCAUUCACCAAUCCACCUGAAAUUGAAUUUUCUCUGUCAUGUCUGUCUUCAAGCCAGGUAACCAGGAGCCAACAACAACUCCUGACGCAAUGGUUCAGCCUUUUACUACCAUCCCGUUUCCACCACCUCCACAGAAUGGAAUUCCCACAGAAUAUGGAGUGCCACACACUCAGGACUACGCCGGCCAGACCAGUGAGCAUAACCUGACACUCUAUGGGAGCACACAAGCCCAUGGAGAGCAGAGUAGCAACUCACCCAGCACACAGAACGGAUCUCUUACGCAGACAGAAGGGGGCGCACAGACAGACGGCCAGCAGUCACAGACACAAAGUAGUGAAAAUUCCGAGAGUAAAUCCACCCCUAAACGACUGCAUGUCUCUAAUAUUCCUUUCCGCUUCCGGGACCCUGACCUCCGGCAGAUGUUUGGGCAGUUCGGCAAAAUCCUAGAUGUAGAAAUAAUCUUUAAUGAACGUGGCUCUAAGGGAUUCGGGUUCGUAACUUUCGAGAAUAGUGCUGAUGCAGACAGGGCCAGGGAGAAAUUACACGGCACCGUGGUAGAGGGCCGUAAAAUCGAGGUGAAUAAUGCUACAGCACGUGUAAUGACCAAUAAGAAGAUGGUCACACCAUAUGCAAAUGGUUGGAAAUUAAGCCCAGUAGUUGGAGCUGUAUAUGGCCCCGAGUUGUAUGCAGCAUCCAGCUUUCAAGCAGACGUGUCCCUAGGCAAUGAUGCGGCCGUGCCCCUGUCCGGAAGAGGGGGCAUUAACACUUACAUUCCUUUAAUCAGUCUCCCUUUAGUUCCUGGCUUCCCUUACCCAACUGCAGCCACCACGGCGGCCGCUUUCAGAGGAGCCCAUCUGAGGGGCAGAGGGCGGACGGUAUACGGUGCGGUCCGAGCGGUACCUCCAACAGCCAUUCCCGCCUAUCCAGGUGUGGUUUACCAGGACGGAUUUUACGGUGCUGACCUCUAUAUAGAGUCUGCAAACUGCUUCAGAUCAAACAGGGUGGAUAUGCAGCCUACAGAUACGCACAGCCUGCUACUGCGACCGCAGCCACAGCUGCUGCCGCCGCCGCCGCCGCCUACAGCGAUGGUUAUGGCAGGGUGUACACAGCCGACCCCUACCAUGCCCUUGCCCCUGCCGCUAGCUAUGGAGUUGGCGCUGUGGCGAGUUUAUACCGAGGUGGCUACAGCCGAUUUGCCCCCUACUGAAGUGACGUGAGACCCCUGCAAAUGGGACAGCCCCCCAGUUCAUGAGGCCUGGCUAUUGCAAUAUUUACUAGUAGAGGAACUCUAUAGCAAGAUGAAGAGGAAAAACAAACAAACAAAAAAAAAACACAAAAAAAGAGAGAAUACUUUUUUAUACCUCACUAUGUUCUUUGAAUAUGUAUUUUUCCUUUAAAUUUCUGCCUUUAAUUCUUUUGUUCCAAAGAUUGUGCAUUUUUUUUCUUUUUUCUUUUUUUUUUAACUGUGGUAAAAAAAAAAAAAAAUAAUGCAUUUCCAUGUCUGUAUGUCCGUGCUUAGCUCUUCUAUCAAUCACAGAAGAGGCAGUUAAUGAGAAAGGAGAGACAUUAGGAGCUGAUAAAUGCAUUUGAUCAGAAAUCAGCAGACAGAAUUACCAAAGUGUAUCUGGUACUGACUGUCUGGGGGACAGGCGGACGUGGAAGGGGUCUCUGCGGCAGGAUAUUCUUCUAGACUUGAGCUUCUGGUCUUUGGCAGGCAGUUCUGACUGGCUGUGGCUGGAAUCCACAGACAGUAGGGAUUGUGCUUGCAAAGCAGGAGCAUCAAAAAGACACUAUCCUCUCCUCUUCCCUCCUGACUUCUCCAUUCUUUUUACAAUCAUCUUACACGCACAGCCUGAGACAGUUGGCAUAGUUUUUGGAAUUAUAGUAUUAAUAUUUCCAAACAUGCGCUCAGACUGUGGAUAAUAAACACCUCAUUAGGAAACCGGUCUCAGAAUGAACCCUGGAGUAUGAAAAAGAUCAUUCUUUUCUUUCCUAUAACCCUAGCAUUCCUGCUGGGCUUCUUCCCCUUUAAUGGAACCACAGCUUAGCUCAUCUGUCCUUUUACUAACCCCUUGCUCUUUUGUCCUCAAGAUUCAGGAAUUUAGGACCCAGGGACAGAAGAAUAAAUAGCCAGUGGCCAGAUUUCUCCCAGGUGUCUGGGGCACGGCUUGAGGACGGGAAGUACAAAUUGUCCAGAGCCAAUAAAACAGGCAAGGAUGAGAAAAGGGGUGUCAGACGUCUGACAAGGCACCCUGGUACUCCUGACCUUUCUCUUGCAUCAAAAAGUCAAUACAAAGUAUAAAACAUGUAGUAAAGCCUCUGCUAGCCGAGGAUAAAGCACCGAAUCCUAGAUCAGCUGUCCCUGGAGGUUUCGGUGAGUAGGGCAUGUGAGGGCAGGCAAAGGCACUUUGUCCGAGCUCCAAAGCCAUAGGAAUUUUCAUCUUCCAGAGCCGUAACAAGUCACUUCUCUGUCCACAGUCUGGAGCCCUCGUGGCCAUUCCACCCAGCUUCUCGUGAUCCUCCAAAGGCACCCAGCUGAGUGAGCACCUGGACCACAUGGUCCACAUGAACACUACGGAACAUAAAAUAGAACCCCUGUGGUUGCUCCCCUCCCGGACAGGAAGCAGGGUCUGAAAUGGCAAGGGUCUCAUACGUUGCCAGAAAGAGUCAGGUGGUGGCCUCGGCGGUGAGUCACCGCCCCUGCUGCUGGCUUCGAUUUUAGAUGUACAUUAUCAAGGUAGGGGAGGAAGUGUCUCUCCUCUAGCUGUUAGCUGUUAAUGAUCAAGGCAAAGGUCCUGCAGCAUUUCCAAAAUGAAGGCAUUAGAAAACAGAAGAGCACGGUCUGUUUGGCUCCCUGGUCUAUUCACAUUGGUACUAGGGUGAACUUUCACCCGAGGGACAGCUGCUAAAGGGAGUAAUUCAGAGACAUGGAGCUUCUGGUCUGUUAUGGGUUUGUUUGGGUUUUUUGCUGGUUUUUUGAUUUUUUUUUAAAUUUACUCCUGCCUCCACAUAUGUUCUUGACUGGUAUCAAUUCACGUCCCUGAAUUAAAAUGACUGACGUUGGACAGCAUCAAGCAUUCGUUGUAAGCAGAGGGAUGUAUCGGUGGAGACUGGCCUGUUGUGUAUAAUACAUAUCUUCUCCCCCUUCAGAAUUCUCUCUCUUCCUAAUAACUGGGAGAGAGGCUGCCCUGAGACUCGGGUAGACAUCAAGGAAGCUAGAGGCCUCGAUGCAAUUCUUACUGAUUCCGGGGAGGACCGCCCAGAGUAGGGACGCGAGACUGCCCAGUCCAUUAGCCAUUGUUAGGCGCGCCCUCCCCAAGCCAAAGUGUGGUUUGUUGCUGUUCAGACAAUUUUUGUUGCGUGUAUAUAAAUAUUUUAGUUGGGGGGCGGGGCGAAGGGAUGUGGGGCUUUCACGGUUCUAGGGAAUGGGGGCAGGGAGGAUUUUUUCUUUCUUUUGCUUUUGUUUUGAGGGAGAGCUUGUACUGACUAAAGAAACUAAGAAAUUCUGUGUCAUGUUCACAUUGGGGCCAUUCUCACAAAUGGCAAGCCGCUCCUCAGUGGAGACAAGGCCAGUUCUAACUGGCUGUAUCCAGAGCAGGGGAGGAGAAUAGGACAGUAAGUUCAAGCCUUGUCUCCUUUUUUCCGGGAAGAGGUAAGGAUGGUGGGAAAGGCAGAGAAGGCAGCUUCCACAGCCCUCGUAAAAGAGGCAGAAGCCCGAGCUUUUGUGCAUUUCAGUUCAGCUGGUUCUGGCUGAGGACUCCGCAGGCAAGCUCUGUUUUCCAGGGGGCCUCUGCUGCGUUGCCAGGGGGGGCUUUCAUACUGCUUCCUUCAGCUCCCUUCACUAAGAAAGACUAAGUCGAGUUCUGGUUCUUAUGAAAGGGCCUUUGGUUUUCGGUGUCAGCACUGAGAAUUGGGGCUCCUGGAGCACCUCAGCUGAUGGUAUCCACGUCCCCAUCAGCUUUUGAACUUUGAGACUCAGUUUCAUCAGAGGCAGCUUCCUCAAAGCAUCAGUGCUUGUGUGUUCCUGACUCUAGUGCCCUUUGGACUAAGGAACAGAGUCAGAAGACAGUUUGGCAUCUCAUGAGUGUGUUAGAGGAUGCUGGCUGAUAAUUCCAAAAACCUUACCGAUGCCGAAUCGCAGUGUGUGAAUGAUUCCGACGGCUUUACUGUGGGUCAUGAUGCGGACUUCUGUACUAAGCUUCUUGCUUUUAGAGGCUGGGCUCCUUUCAGGAGAUCUCUAGUGAAAACCUUUAUCUGGAUAUCCCUGUUUCAGCCCAGAGAGCUGUCCUUAGAUCUUUUCCAGAAUUCUUAUUACAUAGUUCAGCUCCCACUCACCAAGAUCAGCUGUUGUGAUUCAUCAUUUUUAAGGCUCUCAGGUUUUACCAAACCUCCCAUCACCAUCACCCUCCAACAGCCACAGUUGGAAUUGAGCCAAUCUUAUUUUUCCUUGAAAAAGAAAGGGCCUGGGGCUCAACUCUUAGUUUAAGGGGAGCUGGUGGAGAGCUAUUCAAUAGAAAUCAAUGAGAGCAGCCUUUCCUUAAAAGUGUGACUCCUCAGGGGCUGAACUGCUCUUAGUUUAGGUUCCGCCUUCCUAGAGACAUAGCAGACAAGCCGGUGAACCACCACCACCACCAACCCCCUGUAACCAGUCACAUAGCUUCCAGGUGCGAGGGAGGUGUAAACUCAAACUCGGGGUGGAAGCAACCCCAGGGGUCUGCAGGAAGGGCGUGAUAACCCCCCCCACCCCAUCCCUCUGGCAGGAGAACGAGGCCAAGUGAGGGACAGCCGGGAGGGCACUGCCAGGAGGGAUGAGGGGACCGUCGGGACCGUCCCCUUGCGUCACGUCCGGCCGCUUCUCUGCUGCUUGCGAUCCUCCAGCACAGUGACAGUUGCAGAACUGCAGAUUUGUUUCCCCCAGAUGAUAGGAGGAAAGGGACUUGGGGGGUGGGGAAGGGGUAGUGGUGUUUUAAAAGCAUAAGUUACCUGUUUGCACUGUUUUAAGGUAGGAAACAAUAGUGGGCAAGGUGAACAUCAAACGUAAAUUUGUGUGUUUUGAUUUUGUCAUGCUCUUGAAAAUGUUUGACCGUUUGUAGUACCCACCAGUGAAACUUGAUUCUCUGUUGCAUAAAACACUAUUUUUUUGGAAAUGUUACUGUCCAAAAGCCUCUUCCCUCCCUUUCCCUCUUCCUGUGUACUUCCUUCAUACUUGCUUUCUGAUCAACCAGGCAAUAGCCAUCCAAGAGCUGGAGUGCGAAGCAGGGCCCUUUCCAAGUAGACUCUGGGUGUCCUGAGCCCGCGUGUGCCCUCUGGUUUAGUGAGUGCGGUCGAGUCCCCGGCACCUGUCUGAAAUAAGGCUUACAGAUGAGGCUAAAGUGAGUUCUCCAGUUCCCGAGUCAGAUGCACUAGGAAGGAGGAGCGAGGGGUGGAGGGGUCCCUCGAGCAUUGCCGCCGGCUGUAGUAGCUGUGUUCUUCUCCACGUUACCGGAACUGUAGCCAGUUACAGUUUACUCAGGAAAACGGUAGAUCAAUUCAGCCAUGGUAGUGCUGGUUGGCAGGGAUUGGUAACGGAGAGAACUGCUCAUCAGCCACGACUCAAACUUGCCUUUAAGGAGACGGCCGGCGGGGCUCAGCCCUCUGUCCGGUGGUCACACACCCGCCGGUGUGGUGAGGGCUCAGCUCACCCCGGCAAGCAAAAAGGGAAUGUCGAUUCUCUUUUCUCUGCCCACCCCCGCCCUUGUUACCAACACCAGAUGCCCAGGGGGUACAUAAGUUUUUGAAUUUUUUAAAAAAAUUUUUUUGGUUUGUUUUUUCCGGGGACUGAUAAGUGCUUUAAGCAAUGUCUAUACCCCAUCCAGACUCCCAGCUUAGUCGUUUUCUGGUUUAUUUCUGUUCACAGUAUUUUUGUGUGUGUGUGUGCUUGUUUUGGCAGCUCAUUUUGGCUGUAUUAUAUAUCGAGUGAUGAAUUGAUCCUUUUUUUUUUUUCCCCUAAGGGAUAUGAUUUUUUUUUCCCCUUGUGUUAUAAUUCUGCUUGUGAAUAGCUGGAGCAAACCUGGGGCUGACACGUAAGCUAGGGCUGCAAAGUGCUGAGAGCCGGUUGAGUUUCCUUGUCCCUGACAGGCUGACCUACCUGAGUCUCUGAGCUUUUCAGUCCAAAUCUUUGCAAGGCUAAAAAUGCCACAGAACCUCUCCUCUUCUCCCCACUCCCCAUGGCGGGGACGGAACCAUCCCUCCUUGCAACAUGCCGAUUCUCCAGCCCCCUCCCGUCGCCAUGGCAAAACAGGUACCUUUGGGGCAUGGGGGCAUCACCUGGGAUGCUUGUAUAACUUGACCACCUGCCUUUUCCCCCUCCCCUCCCCGCCCCCCAGAAUCACUUCCUAGGACACCCGAGCUGCUUGCCCAGGGUCCUGUUUCCCUGCAGACUCCAGAGAAGCACCCAGGGCUUUGUGACAGUCUCUGAUUCCCUUCCCCUCUCGCUAAGACUCAUAUUGUAUAGUAGCUUUCAGACCAUACAGUAUUCAUUGGGUUACUCUUAUUAUCAAGUAGCUGGAAUUGUGAAGGUCGGAGUAGUUAGAUCUUUAGCUUUUAUUCCUUAUUUUUUUGUAUUACUAUCCAUGUGUAUAAAUUAUUGAUCAUGUUGCUGGCUUUUAUAAACUCUAAGCGAAGGAGGAGCACUGCCCCUGCCUUUGCGAAUGGUAAUGAAGCACUGUUUUUAAAUAAAAGAGAGAAACACCA